AUGGAAAUCGGAAAGAAUUCAGUGGCAAUUGCUUGUCUCAUUGCCUUGGCCGUAAUAAUCCCUAUUUCUCAAGCUCAAAACUCCAAAAAAGACUUCCUCAUUGCUCACAACAUUGCUCGUGCACAGGUGGGUGUUGGACCUUUGAGAUGGAGUAAAAAUUUGACAGCUCGCGCAAGCAGCCAUGUUGAACCACUCAAAGGUGUUUGCCAACUUGCGUUCGUUGAUGAUGGAUAUCAUUAUGGUUACAACCUUGCAGCGAUUGAUCUUGUUGACUUUGCAGCCAUAGAUGCGGUGAAGUUGUGGGUAGAUAAGAAGGCAUACUACAACUACAAAACCAAUUCGUGUGUUGGUGGUGAACAAGAUUGCAAGACUUAUACUCAGGUGGUUUGGCGCAACUCGCUUCAUUUAGGUUGUGCUAAAGUGAGGUGUGAUAACGGAGGCACACUCGUUGGUUGCGCCUAUGAUCCGCCGGGCAACGUUGCUGGCCAACUGUUCAUCUGCUUCAUCUUUCCUGUGAAUGCUGCCCUUCCAAGCAUUCUUGGCAACGAUUUGAUCGAGAAAACCUGCAACCAGACACCCUAUUACGAACUUUGUAUAAGAUCUCUAAUAUCAAAUCCUCACAGCUUCAAUACAGAUGUUCAAGGCUUAGCCAAGAUAAUGGUUCACACCAUUAACGCUAGGGCGACCCACACACUACGUCGUAUUAACAAGCUACUUCAACAUAAACACGAGACAAAUGUGAAACAAGCCAUACGAUCUUGUGCCUAUCGAUACUAUGCUAUAAUAAAGGAAGAUAUUCCACAGUCUCUGCAAGCUUUACGUUUGGGUGAGUACAAAUUUGCUGAAGGAGGCACAAUGGAUGCUGCUUUUGAGGCCGAGUCAUGUGAAAAGGAAUUCAUGAAAUGCCAAUCACCCCUCGCUGACAUGAAUAGGGUUGUGCAUGAUGUCUCCAUCGUCGCUGCAUCCAUUGUUAAGACAAUCAUAAAAGGUUGA